UAAAUUAGCAUUUUUUAUUUUCGUCUGCUUUAGUUGACUUUAUAACACUCAAUAGUGACACGUGUUAUAUAUUUUUGAUAAGCGAUUUUUUUUUUUAUAAAAAAUUAUAAGUAUAAAAAAACAACAGCUUUAAAAAUGAAAUCUCUGACAGCAAUACGUUUACUUUCAAUUUUAGUUUUUUUUAUAAGCUACAAAAAUAAUGUUAUAGCUAAUCAUUACACAAAUGGAGAAAGUGAAGCAUGUUAUUCCUAUGCUGGAGGAUCUGUUUAUCCAGCCGGUUCACAACAUGCUGACCAUCAAUUACAUACAACAAAAGCCGUUAUUGGAAAACCAGCACCAUACUGGGAAGGAACGGCUGUUGUAAAUGGAGAAUUCAAAGAAAUAAAAUUAACUGAUUUCAAAGGCAAAUAUCUUGUAUUUUUCUUCUACCCACUUGAUUUUACCUUUGUGUGUCCAACUGAAAUUUUAGCAUUUUCUGACAGUGUUCAAGAGUUUAAAAAAUUAAACGUCCAAGUAGUUGCAGCAUCAGUAGACUCUCAAUUUACUCAUCUGGCAUGGAUGAAUACACCUCGGAAAGAAGGUGGACUGGAUAAAAUAAAAAUACCUCUGCUAUCGGACUUAACUCAUAAAAUAUCUAAAGAUUACGGUGUUUAUCUCGAUGAUUUGGGCCAUACAUUACGAGCGCUGUUUAUUAUCGAUGGAAAAGGAAUUUUACGACAAAUAACGAUGAACGAUUUACCAGUAGGUCGCUCGGUUGAUGAAACAUUGCGUUUAGUACAGGCAUUUCAAUACACCGAUGAACAUGGCGAAGUUUGUCCAGCAGGUUGGAAACCAGGCCACGAUACAAUAAUUCCAAAUCCAGUUGAUAAGAAGAAAUUUUUCUCUAAAAAUCUAAACUGAUUUGAAUUUUGCAU